AUGACGCAAAAGUCGAAAUAACGAACUUUAGGUCGUUACAAUGAGCAUUUACUAAAGUCGCAAAGAAGGUGACGAAACAGACUCUCGUGCCAUUAUUCUGCAUCCCCACGUACAAGGUUUCACCAAAAUUUUCUUGUCACUGAAGUGACUUUAUCACCCAGAUAAUUCUUCUAUACGCUCGCUGCACACUCUCCUAUGGCGGGCGAGUGUAGUUCGUUUUAAACAGAAUCAAAAUUCCUUCACUCGUUUCGCAUGUAAUCUCUUUCUCUCCUAAACCGAUUCUUCUUCUUCUUCUUCUUCUGGUCUCUGUUUCGCUCUGUUUUUGUACUGUAAAAAAACUUGAGCUAUCGAACAUGUUCUACUCUCACCAGCUUCUAGCUCGCAAAGCACCUCUAGGCCAGAUCUGGAUGGCUGCAACCAUGCAUGCGAAAAUAAAUCGGAAGAAACUUAAUAAGCUCAACAUAAUUCAAAUCUGUGAACAGAUUUUGAAUCCCUCUGUUCCAAUGGCGCUUAGGCUCUCUGGGAUUCUAAUGGGUGGAGUUGUUAUUGUUUACGAACGAAAAGUGAAACUCCUCUAUGAUGAUGUAACCCGUUUACUGGUCGAAAUAAACGAAGCAUGGAAAGUAAAAUCAGCUCCAGACUCUACUGUCCUUCCUAAAGGGAAAUGUCAGGCUAAAAAGGAUGCUGUGACUUUGCCAGAGAACCAAGAGACAGAUCCGGGAGAUAUUGAGCAAUCCGUUAAUUUCUCCAAUACAAACGCCACAAUGGGUUUCCAACAAGCAGCAUAUUUUGCAAUGAGACUUGAUGAUAUUGAUGAGCCCUUUAUUAAUAACGAUCCCAGGGAGGAAGAUGCAUCUCAGCAAUUACAUCAAGCUGACGCAGACAACAUCAAAUUGUUUGAACGUUUUGAUUUAUAUCAGUCGAACACAGAAAUGUACAAUCGCUUUGAAAGGUUUGAUAUUGAAGAGGAUGAGGAGACACAACUCAACUUCACUUCAGGGGAGCAUAUGGAGAUCCUAACUACCCUCAUAUCCUCCCCACCCCCCAAGGAUGAAGCUCCAAGAGCUGAUGAAUUCGAAGACCAUCUAGAAAAACAAAUCAAUCAACCAUAUGAAUGCGAGGAAGCCAGCAAGGAUCAACAGGGGCAAGCACUCAUUCAAAGGAAAAAAACAAGACGUGCAGCUCCUGCAAUGGAUUAUGAGCAAACCAUUAUUCCUGGCCAAAUAUAUCAGUCUUGGCUUCAAAAUGCUUCUGAUAUUGCCUCAAGGAGAGGAAGAAAAAGAAAGGCACGCGGGGAUAUCAUGUCUACAAUGAAGGUAGCUAAACUCAUGGAUCUGCCACCUAUGGUAAUUAUGGAUGAUUUAUACACACACGAAAAUAGACAAAUCUAUUAUCCAGCACCUCUUCUGGAGCUUUGGAUGAAAAGUACCCAACCUCCCCAUGACUCACCUUCUGCAAGGAUUUCCCCACCUCUGCCUCCAGAACCAUCAUCAUCAACACCACCAGAGAGAGGACAAUAUCAGGAACCAACAGGAUAUCCCUUUGAAGAUUUUCACAGUGGAACUGGGUCACAGUCACUAGGUUUCUCCAUAGAGAAACAGCGGGAAGCCGUUGUUAAUGAUGAAAUGCCAAUGGAAAUCCUCAUGGGAGAACUAAGAGCCAACCUUAUGAACAAUGGUAGGAAGAUAACCGAGGCCAAUUUGGUGACACCUAGAAAUUCUGGAGAUGAAGUAAGAUCCAUUCCAAGCUCUGGAUCAGGACAUGGUAUGCCAUCACAUCAUUCAGAAGCCCACUCAGUAAGAUCAAACAAGAAAAGGCCUUACUCUUCAUCUAGACACAGUGGCAGUGGCCUUGAACCAGUAGAAGAAGAGAAUCCAUGGAAGUUUCCUGAACCAAAUUUCAAGUUAUCAAGGCUGUCUGAGAAUGACCAAACACCUGAUCAAGAACUAUUGAUGGAAACUGGACCUACACAAACCCAACAUCCAAUCAUCAGUCAGCCAGUGGACAAGAUAACUGACACCAUCCGAUUGCAGAUGAAAGCACAUUUUGAGACACCAGGAACCCCUCUAGUAGAAUCCUUGAACAAGCUAUCGGUUGGAAUGAACCGAAAAGGAGCAGCUAUGCUCUUUUAUCAAACUUGUGUUCUUGCUUCUCGUGAUUUCCUAAGAGUUGAACAGAAAGUUCCUUACGGGGAGAUUCUCAUUUCUAAAGGAAAAAAGUUAUGAUGGUAUAAGCUUAUUAUUUUAGACAAAAACCAGAGUUUACUCAGCAGUCCUCAAUUAUCAAAGUAGCAAAAACAUAUAAAUUGUGAAAAUUGCUUCUGUCCAUUUCUUGGACUUAUCCUGUAAUAUCAUAUUCUUAUGCCAAUAAUGUACUAUGCCUUUCCCUAGUGUAUUCAGAAUUUUACCUUUCUA